CAUAAAGUAAUCAUCAAAAACACAGAAAUUGUAACCAAAUUUGAGCAUAUUAAACCCAUAACACUUUUUCCAUCUAUAUAAUUGAUAAUGACUAUUUGCCUUUUUUAAUAUUAGGAGACCAUAUUUAACAGCCAUCCUAAGGCCACUUAAAAUUAAAGUAAAUGGUUGUGCAUGGCUUAGAGCACACUACUCAGGGCAGAUUUGGAGCCAUUCUAGUAGCAAAGGGGCUUGGAAACCUCGUUCUGAUUUACGCAGUUCGUCAGAUGUUUUUAAGCAGCUGAUACUAUAAAUGACCACACAAGACCAAAAAAAAAAGAUUAUCAGAAGGCUUCUGCCUGAAAAGAUGAAUGCUAAUAAAACACGAUUGAUGUCUUUAAGGCAUUGAAGAGUAUGCACUGAAUAGUAUAUUCACUGAAUUCAGGAAUUUGAGUGGGGUAGGGGGGUCUUAAAUGUUAUUAGAAGCCCUAUUUUAUACACUGAGUUUUAAACACUGAAGUCAUUACCUCACAAUAGUUGAUAAGAACUUGCACCACAGAAAUGUAAAUUUUAUAUUUAUAUCAGAUGCAAACACAAAAUAUGAUGAUAGCAAAUACAACAGAAAUUAAGGUGGGCUUUUGUAAGCUCAUAUAAAUGUGUGCCACAGAUUGAAUAUUUUUAAAUCCAUUACACAUGGUUCAUAGAAUGGUUAAAGCAUCACAUUCUUUUUAGUUUAGAAUGACACUUUCUAUUGUCAAAUUGGUGAGGAUAACCAAGAAUUAGCACCAUGGUUGCAAAUAUUUUUCUGUUUGCCUUUCGGACUCUGGAAUCAAGGACUCUGGUCUCCUAUGUGGAGAAGCUUCACCUCAGUCCCACUGCACUAGUAGUCUUCAGCGACAAUAUUUGGAGGAUGACAGUUUGGAUGAUCAUGUUAGUAAUAAUUCUAAGGAAUGGAAAUAGUCUAUUCCAUAAUUAAACAGAAAUCAUAAACCACUAUAAAAGUAAAGUCAUAGAAAAAGAAAGUUGAAAAUGUAAAGUCUCAAAUGGUUUUAUUUCAUAAUAUAUGAAAAUCUUUGAUUCAUUUGUUCAUAUGCUGCUGUAGGUCAACUCCACUUACACAUGCCAGUUUAGUUGAAAGGCCACUUUAGACAGUGUCCACUUCAUUAUCAACCCAGGUUCGUGUUUCAUGGGGCUGACCAUGCUUGUAGGCUUCGGGCUGCGUUGGUCAUGACUCACUUUACUCCCGGUAGGAAGUGAUUUCUGGCCCGUGUGUGUGUGUGUCAUGUUUACUCAGAACACCUGAGCAUGUGGUCUCUCCCUGACCCUCUCCCUCUCUGUUCUCCUCAGGACUACUGGCUGUCUCUCCUCUACAAGCGCCUGAUUGGCCCCAAAGUCUUGGCUGUGCAUGUGGCUGGGCUCCAGCGGAAGCCACGGCCUGGCCGAGUGAUCCGGGACAAACUGAGGAUUUAUGCUCACUGCACAAACCACCACAACCACAACUAUGUUCGUGGGUCCAUUACACUUUUUAUCAUCAACUUGCAUCGAUCAAGAAAGAAAAUCAAGCUGGCUGGGACUCUCAGAGACAAGCUCGUUCACCAGUACCUGCUGCAGCCCUAUGGGCAGGAGGGCCUAAAGUCCAAGUACGUGCCAACCUGAAAAUAGCUCGGGAGUAAGUGCAGCAGGAGCUGAGGGAGGGGGGAGCUGAAGACACCAAGAUUGCUACUAAUUAUUUCAAGGGUUCAGUGGGAUGGAGUAGGACAAAGAGUGGUCUGGGGUCAGGUGACUGCUGACUCCUUUUGGAAACCUGCUCAAGCCCCUCCCUAUCUUAGAUCCCUCAAUUGUAAAGUCAAAUGGUGGAGAAAGUAUUUCUCAACAAGGGUGCUCUUUGUAUUUGAGCGAGAUAACUCUUCUUUAUACACGACUAUCACAUUGUAAGCUGUUUAGCAUCCUUGGCUGCUGCUCACCAAAUGCCAAUAGUGCCCCAUGGUCAUGUAGCAACCAAACAUCCUGGUAGUUGAGAACCAUGUCCCUCACAGCUGUAACAUUCUGUAAUGCUAUGACUCCCUUGUUGUUACCAUCUAUUAACCUCACAGGGCUUACAGGAAGGAGCACUAAACAGAGAGUUUAGUGCUCGAAAGUUCAGAGGUAAAGAGUCUGUCCUACCCCAAACUUUAUAACUUGAACACACCACUGCUCCAUCUCAGCUUCUUCAUCUGAAUAAUAGGACAGAGAUUUUAGUUUGAGGGCUCUGUGGCCCCUUCUAAACUCUACAAAUGUAUGAUUCUGUGACACUCCCUGCCUCCGUCAGUCUCUAUUAGAGACUAUUGACACAUGGAUCUCUACGAACAGAAAAACUCUAGGACAGUGAGCAG